AUGGACCCUAAACAGUUACUGAAACCGUUCAAACCACGAAGAGCACAUACAAAGUCACGAAAUGGAUGCGCGUACUGUAGGAGACGAAGGAUCAAGUGCGAUGAGGCCAAACCGCAAUGUCACAACUGUGCCUAUAGAAAACAGCCUUGCGAGUACCCCUCGGAGGCUCAGAAAGCGGCAGCAGCACAAGGUCGAUCCCAUAAGGGCCCAUCGUCGGCGUCGCUCGACCUGGACGAACCAGGCCAGACCUCUGAAGCAGCACUACCGAACUCACCAUCCACGUCGCCGACCUCGUGGCCGCUCACUCCGCUCUUGCAGACAUCUAGCGAGCCGUUCCAGGCGCUGUCAGCAAGCCUGAGUCCGGAUAUAGAGGUUCCAACCUUUCACGAAGAUCUUCAUCUUUUCCAUUACUACCUGGACCCGGCCAGCCGGAGUGUCGGAGCGGCACCGCCCAUCGCUCACUCGCACCGGCUCUCCAUAAUGGCCAUGGCAGCGACCAAUGAGGGAAUGCUCUGCGCGCUCCUGGCCGUGACCGCGGCCGCGUUCUGCGUCGACGCCCUUGUUGACGGGACUGCGCUUGAGCACGCCGACGACGUGCAGCGGCUGCUCGCAAAGAGCGACCUCUACCACGACCGAGGCCUGCAGGCGGUCCGACGACAGGUGGCCCUUGGGACGCCGAGAAAUCUAGAGGUCGCACAUGUUCUUUCUGCCGUGCUCUUUCCCUACGCACUGGCCCGGAGGAGACUCGUUCGCCUGCUGAAAACCCAGACACGAUUCACGAUGAGCGAGACGUACGGUGUCAACGACGACGACCACCCCACGAACGUGCAAUGGGCGACUCUGCUCCGCGGGAUCAACACGAUCGGCACGGCCUGCUGCAACUCACCUCUGCACCAACAUGAUAGCCCAAAUCCCGAGUUGGUGUACGAGGGGGAAGUUCCCCCUGCGUCCGUGUCAGCGUACAUCCUGCAGGCCAUCGAGGUGAGCAAGGAGAAAAGACGCUUGAGCGCGACUUCGGCGCCGCAAACGGUCGACGUGGAUUCUUCCUUGAUGUCCAUCAUCUCUGUGACGAGGGAGGGUGCCCUGGACGCGCUCCAGGGGAGAGUCGACGCACUCCAGGUAGACGUUCGGAGGUCGCUUCGUACCGAGCUGCCCACGAUGGCCUUUCCAAAGGCCAGUGAACAGCUUUCCAAAGCCGCGUCCAUAUCUGCUUGUUCACUGGCCGUCGACAUUUUGAUAUCGAUUGGCAAUGCACUGUUUCCGGAGAACGACGACAAUCAGCACCCUUCUCAUUCUCCUCCUCUUGAUCCGAUGAAUGACGAGAUGGCCAAUCUAGGCCUCGACGACCGCGGUACACAUCCGAGACUACGGUGUUUGUGGCUCAAUGAAUCUUUGAGAUUGCCGCACACAUACCACCCUUCCCUGCCCCUGAUGCCGGUGAUUCUGCCAUGGAUCAAUCGCCUCCCGGAAGAUUUCAUGGCCAUUUUGGAGUUGCCGUGGCCGUCGCGUGUUCCGGCGGCGCCGUCCGAAGGCGGAGACGUCGACUAUGAUUACGAGAUACAGAUGCUCGCGUGGGACAUCUUUGCGCACUGGCUUGUUUUUGUCAUGCUGGUCGAGCGAGAGGCUUGGUGGAUCGGCGAUCUUGGAAGAACGGAUAUCAAGAAAUUGGCGAAUAUGAUCCGUCGUCAUCCCCAGGCCCCUCGCGACGAGAGCAUGUCUGACUACGCCCAGAGUCAGGGAAAGGGCAAAAGUUAUGGUUGGUGGCCGAUGGAUAUGUGUUCUGUGGCGGAACAGUUGCAGAGAUAUAGAGAGCGGUAA